AUUUUUGCACUUCACAAAUUAAUGACCAUGAGCUCGUUUUUGAUAAACUCCAACUACAUCGAGCCCAAGUUCCCUCCCUUCGAGGAGUACGCGCAGCACAGCGGCCCGGGCGGCGGAGACGGCGGCCCCGGCGGGGGCCCCGGUUACCAGCCGUCCCCGGCGCCCGCCACCCAGCACCUGCCGCCGCCGCAGCCCCAGCUCUCCCACGCGGGCGACAGCCGCGAGCCCCCCGCCUCCUACUACGCGCCGCGGGCCGCCCGCGAGCCCACCUACCCCGCGGCCGCCCUCUACCCCGCGCACGGCGCGCCGGACACCGCCUACCCCUACGGCUACCGCGGCGGCGCCAGCCCCGGGCGGCCCGAGCAGCCCCAGGCGCACGCGAAGGGCCCGGCGGCACACGGCCUGCACGCGAGCCACGGCCUGCAGCCCCCGCCGCCGCCCCCUGCGCCCCCGCGGCGCUGCGAGGCGGCCCCCGCCACUCCGGGCGUGCCCGCGGGGGGCAGCGCCCCCGCGUGCCCGCUGCUCUUGGCGGACAAGAGCCCGCCGGGCCUGAAGGGCAAGGAGCCCGUGGUGUACCCCUGGAUGAAGAAGAUCCACGUCAGCGCCGUCAACCCCAGUUAUAACGGAGGAGAGCCCAAGCGCUCUCGAACCGCCUACACCCGGCAGCAGGUCUUGGAGCUGGAGAAGGAGUUCCACUUCAACCGCUACCUGACCCGAAGGCGCCGCAUCGAGAUCGCCCACACGCUCUGUUUGUCCGAGCGCCAGGUCAAGAUCUGGUUCCAGAACAGGAGGAUGAAGUGGAAGAAAGAUCAUAAACUGCCCAACACCAAGAUGCGGUCUUCCAACCCAACCUCGGCCUCUGCCGGGCCCCCGCCAGGGAAAACACAAACUCACAACCCGCACCCCCAUCCCCAUCCCCUCCCUGGUGCCUCCACACCUAUUCCCUCCUCCAUAUAAUCUAGAAACAUAGACCAGUUUCUCUCUCUUACCUUUCUCUUCCUCUCUUCUGCUCCCAUCCCCAUCCACUCUUUCCCAAGUGAAUCAUUACAGACACCAAAACAACCCAACAAGGUGAAAACCAUAACCAAAAUCAGAAGAUAUUAUCCCUGGUAACUGUGUGUGAUGGUUGUCACCCCAAAGAGGACAGUUGUCCUGGAUGCUGAUUAGGUGUACAACCUGCUGGCCUGAACAGCCCUGCCAACUUUGGAUACCUGAGAAGGACCACUUGCCACCAAAUACUGAUGAGAUGUCGAAAGUCAGCUGGACAGCACAUGCUGACUUGGGGACCUAUACUUCUAUGUUUGUUGCAAUCAGAAGAAAGCAGACCCUUUCCCACCUUCCUUACCUCCUCCUCCUUAAGGCAGCUCAUGUGAGCUUUACUGUAGACAUUGUGGACCUCAUAAGAUUAUUUAAUUCUCAAAAUGUGUAGACCUUGAUGAUAGGUGUGACGUGUUGCUUUCCCUCCCUCACAUUUAUUUAAGGUAUGGUUUUAGAGAUACUGUCUUAUUCUGUGGCACAAUCUGGGGGAGAGGAGAAUGCAUUUAGAUCCAUGUGCAACUGUACAAAGUGAUAUGGCUAUAUAAAAAGCCAUGUGCUAAGAAUAAACUUCAUUUUAAAAAUCAUUAA